GUGUUUGUUGUCUCCUUGCAGGACGUUCCUGAGCGACUUCUCCUGAAGUGCCUCCAAUAUGGCGCUCACAAUAUUCGGCCAGGCGUUGUACUUCGCCAUAGCCACUGCUAUGGGCCUUUGGAUGCAGGGAUACGUGAAAAUGCAGAUCGCUGUGAACGGUCCCUCUGUUCUCGCUCCUCAAAACAGGACCGAACCAGCCGAGUUCUAUAGCGAGGAGUUUGGAAAGCACGCAUACGUGAAUGCAAACAACAUAACAUUCCAUUACGUCACCAAGGGUUGCGAUGUUGAGAACCGUACCAUGCUGCUGUUCUUGCACGGUUUCCUGGACUUCUGGUUUAUCUGGAACAGACAGAUUCCAGAGCUGAGUGAGGAGUUCUGUGUUGUGGCUCCGGACAUGCGAGGUUACGGCAAGACCACACGGCCAGAUGACACUGCCGAAUACGUCAUGCCGAAGCUAAUCGACGACGUCAAAGGACUUCUUGACAAACUGAACCCCGGCCACAAGCGAGAAGUUGUGCUGGUGGGCCACGACUGGGGUGGCAUGAUCAGCAUGUGCUUUGCCACCUUGCACGAAAACAUGAUCGACAAGAUGGUCCUCAUCAACAGCAUGCACCCCAAGGCCUUCCUGAAGCAGCUUUUCCGCAGCACUACGCAAAUGAGAAUGUCCUGGUACCAGCUUCCGUUCAGGCGCCCUGUUUUUCCUGAGCAGUACCUGAUUCUGAAGGACUUCGACUUUUUUGACAAGGCACACAAGGGUUUUACGAAGGAAGAGGAGUAUGCCCACAAGUACACGUACUCGCAGCCGGGAGCGCUGACCGGCACCAUAAACUACUAUCGCGCUUUCAACAAUGACAGCGACCAUUUGAACAAGAUUCCUUACCGCAAGAUCAACGUUUCCACGCUCAUCCUCUGGGGCAAGAAAGAUGAGUUCAUCACCACACCCGUCGCCGAAUACAACCAGGAGUGGCUGACGAAGUCCGCGAUUGUCUACUACGAGGGAGCCGGCCAUUUCACGCAACGCGAAUGUCCCAAGCACGUGACCAAGCGCAUCCGUGAAUUCGCCAGCACCGGUGCGGUGAGUGUGGCCGAGGAUGCCCGUUGGUCUUGGUGGAAGCCGGCCAAACCACAGUGCAGCGAAUCCCGGAAAGCCGGCUCUGGAUGGACGCCGCAGGGUAUUCCCUUCAUUCCUGAUGGGGCGGAGCUUCCCAAGGAAAUGAGACAGUAAAUAGUCUCUUCAACCUCGCAACUUUUAUAUCUAAGAAACUGAAAGUGUUAAUAAAGUUGCUUGAGCAC